AUGGGCAACAAGCAGACAGUUUUCACUCCGGAACAGCUUGAUGCAUAUCAGGACUGCACCUUCUUUACAAGGAAAGAAAUUCUGAGGCUAUUUUAUCGUUUUCAGGAUCUGGCUCCUCAGCUGGUUCCUCUUGACUACAACAGCAAUCCUGGUGUGAAGGUGCCCUAUGAAGUCAUCAGCAGCAUGCCUGAGCUAAAGGACAACCCUUUCAGAGAGAGGAUUGCUCAAGUCUUUUCACAGGAUGGAGAUGGGAACAUGACCUUGGAUGAUUUUCUGGAUAUGUUUUCUGUGAUGAGUGAAAUGGCUCCUAGAGAUCUAAAAGCAUAUUAUGCUUUUAAAAUUUAUGAUUUUAACAAUGAUGACUAUAUCUGCCCGUUGGACCUGGAGAAGACAGUGACCAAGCUCACUCGAGGUGAGCUGACUCCUGAGGAAGUUGGUCUUGUGUGUGAGAAGGUGAUUAAUGAAGCUGAUGUGGACAACGAUGGCAAACUCUCUCUGGAUGACUUUCAAAACAUGAUCCUACAUGCCCCAGACUUCCUCAGUCUUUGCUAUAUGCCAAGUACUGUGCAAAAUGCAUUGCUACAAACACAAAAAAUCAACAAUCUCUGCUCUCAAAGCAUCUUACAGUCCUACAGCACCUUUCACAUCCGAAUCUGAAGUGUAGCUGGCAAGCUUGGCCCAGCUUGGCCCUCCCCAGAACUACUGUACCUCUAGCAUCUGCCCCCAUCUAUCUCUCUCUACAAUUGGAUCUGCCCACCCCAGUUAUGACCCUGCUGCCCCAUUCUUCUCUAUAAUAAACUAGGUUUGACUCAGCCGUGUCCCAGUGUCCCAUCCAUUCCCAACAUCUA